AUGUUCCAGCUGGAGGCCAUGCUGCCCUUACUGAUUCUUGCCUUCUUGGGGACCCCUGUCGUUUUGACAGAAAGUAAGUCAAGUUAUCAUGGUUUAGAAAGUGGAAAACAUUUCUGCACUAGUGCACCUGAAGGAAAAAAUGUAACAGGAAUUCGGGCAUUUGUUAAAGGUUUGGCAAUUGCUAGAAUUCAGCUUAGAUUUGGCCAAGAAUGGGGUAAAGUAUAUGGCGGUUCUGGAGGGAAUGAAGCGGAAGUCGAACUGGAAAACGAGAACAUUGUCGGGGUCUUCGGCACAACCUCUGCAUUUGUAAAUCAAGUUAUCUUACUUACUGACCUGGGUCGGCAGAUAUUGUUGGGGAGCUUCCGGGGCAGAGAUGACUACUCUAGCUUCCCUAAAAAGCCCAUCUAUGUGUUAAAGGGGGUUUGUGGCUAUUAUGUGCCAGGCGGGAUAAAGGGCAUUAAGUUUUUGUGGGGAACUUUAGACAGUACAUGUUCAUAA